AUGAACAAAGGGAGAAAAAUAACAAAAGAAUGUUCACAAUGUCUCAAGCAUGUUCCGUCAGCCCGUAAAUCCUGCUCAGAAUGUGGUUUCAAAUUUGUCAGAGAAGUAGAAAACCUAACUGCAAGUACAACUACCACACCAAGCACUUCUAAUGAAUCAACAUCACCAAACAAGUCGGCCAUUGAAAAUAGAACUAGGAGAAGAUGUCGAGAGAAACCUCACUUCUUUGAUUCAACUGAAUACAACACAACUAUCAAAAAGAGAAAAAAGACUUUAGUGAGAAAAUUUCCUGAUGAACCUGAAUCAAAAGAGUUUGAAAAGUCUAGAGACCAAGGUAACUCCCCUAAGGCAUACGAUGAAAAGCCAAACUCAACAUCACCGACAGGAGCAAGCUCAGUAAAAGAUGAAAAAUCUAAACCUAACUUGAAUCUAACAAACAUAAAAGAGGAGUCAUCCACAACAACUACAGCAACGACAACGACAUCAAACUCAAGCCAGUCCACCAGUGACACCAGAGUUUCAGUGAAUGGAGGCAAGAAUUGUAAGGAUAAAGAUAUCCACAACAGCAAUAUCCUUUCUGAAAUCAAUAGAAGGAUUCUUUCCAUAUCCUGUCAGCCAUGCAUAUAA